AUGAGCGAGCUCGACCAGCUGCGGCAGGAGGCCGAGCAGCUGAAAAACCAGAUCCGGGAUGCCAGGAAAGCUUGUGCAGACGCAACUCUCUCUCAGAUCACAAACAACAUUGACCCCGUGGGAAGGAUCCAGAUGCGCACCAGGAGGACACUGCGGGGGCACCUGGCCAAAAUCUACGCCAUGCACUGGGGCACCGACUCCAGGCUUCUCGUCAGUGCCUCCCAGGACGGCAAGCUCAUCAUCUGGGACAGCUACACCACCAACAAGGUCCACGCCAUCCCUCUGCGUUCCUCGUGGGUCAUGACCUGUGCGUACGCCCCUUCUGGCAACUACGUGGCCUGCGGAGGCCUGGAUAACAUCUGCUCCAUUUACAACCUGAAAACUCGCGAGGGGAAUGUCCGUGUGAGCCGUGAGCUGGCCGGACACACAGGUUACCUGUCCUGCUGCCGCUUCCUGGAUGACAAUCAGAUCGUGACCAGCUCUGGAGACACCACCUGUGCUCUGUGGGACAUCGAGACGGGCCAGCAGACAACCACCUUCACCGGACACACCGGGGACGUCAUGAGCCUUUCUCUCGCUCCCGACACCAGACUGUUUGUGUCUGGGGCGUGUGACGCUUCAGCCAAACUGUGGGACGUGCGAGAAGGGAUGUGCCGGCAAACGUUCACCGGCCACGAGUCCGACAUCAACGCCAUCUGUUUCUUUCCAAACGGCAAUGCGUUUGCCACUGGCUCGGAUGACGCCACCUGCAGGCUGUUCGACCUCCGUGCGGAUCAGGAGCUCAUGACUUACUCCCACGACAACAUCAUCUGCGGGAUCACCUCCGUCUCCUUCUCCAAGAGCGGGCGCCUCCUCCUCGCCGGGUACGACGACUUCAACUGCAACGUCUGGGACGCGCUCAAAGCCGACCGGGCAGGUGUCUUGGCCGGGCAUGACAACCGCGUCAGCUGCCUGGGCGUGACUGACGACGGCAUGGCCGUGGCCACGGGGUCCUGGGACAGCUUCCUCAAGAUCUGGAACUAA